UAGCCACCUUUUGAAAAGGUUCUAGGUGUGUUUUUUUCUGUACAUUUGUUGAUGUUGGUCUGAAACUCAUCAUAAAACAAUCUGGGGUCUACAGGAAAAUACCUUUUUUAAAAGCAUCACCGAUGACACUUUGUUUUGUAUCUAGAUCUAGUUCAGAACACUGAACCAUCUUUUAGUUUUUCCAGCUUUGGUAGGGGAAAUCUUUGAUUUGGGGAGUAAUAUACCCUUAGCAACCGGAAGUGUUAUAAUAUUGUUUGGGUUUUGGAGAAGGAGUCAUCCGAAGCUCGGAGCAAGGCUUUACUGGGAGAUGCCUCACCGAGUUGGUCUGCUGGCACUGCUGUGAAUAUAUUAUGCCUAUGAAUUCAAGCUGUCUUGAAGUGAUAUAGAUCUAUGUUUCAAAUGGAUGGGCUUUUAUUUUUGUCCGAGUAACUAAACUGUGGCUUCAGUUGCAGUUCUUUCGAUUGAUUCCUAAAAAUGAAAUGGAUGGAUGCCCAAAAAGUCGCCAGUCCGAGUUCUUGUCAGUAGGACCUUAUCAAGGAGGAGCAGAGUGACCAGAGAUUUGUCUGUUGCAUGGACUUCGUUGUUUUUUUUUAAACGUGAUGUCAGAAGCUGGAUAAACAUUUCUUGAAACUUCUGACAUUCCUCUUUUUAUUUGUGUCAAAGUAAGCUGCCCUUCUGGUGACACUGCUCAGUAGUAUUGCCUGCUGGUGGACUAAAAGUAUGACAUGAGUGAUAGAUCUAGAAUCUAGUGUUGAUAGUGUAUUCUGUUUCGUGGAGACUUUGCUCCUGUAAUAGUAAUUGCAUUUGUAUGGUGUGGUUUUUCACUCAACCUAUUUGUCUUUAAAACCCGGAACUACUGGCUUGAGAGGAAAAUGUCGUCAGCACCGGCCUCAAAGCCUCUUCAUCCGAUUAUAGUUAAGAUUUACAAGGCUAUUGAUGCCAUUCAAAUAUAUUUUGUUGAAAUAGCUCUGUUUUUCUUUUUCCUUAAUCGACACAUGUCCUUGCCUCUUUUUCAAGAGUAUGUUGAGUCUGAAAUUUACUCGCAGCAUGGUGUGCCGUUUGCUGGUUUUGAUGAUUUAAAAAACAAGAGCUUGUCAGACCCAGAGAGGGAUGAAGCUCAUCACGAAAGUGUCCUGGUUGUUCUUGGGUUACAAAUAGCAGAGGGUCUGCCAUCAAUUGUGACUGUUAUUAUUUUGGGAGCUGUCAGUGAUAAAACUGGUAGACACAGAAUUUUGUUGUGGCUUCCUGCUUUAGGAUGCUGUGUGCAUUCCUUGAUUUACAUCCUGAUUUUGUACACACAAUGGAAUAUUGAUGGACUGUUCCUGGCUGCUGCUUUCAGAGGUCUGAGUGGGAGUAUGACAGGAUUUCUGGCAGGAUCGUCUUAUUAUGCAAUCAACUAUGUUAAACCUGAGCAAAGGCUCAAUCGUCUUGCCAUGCAGGAAUUUCUGAAUGGUGGUGCAUAUGCCAUUGGAAAUAUCAUGGUUGGCUUUUGGGUAAAAGAUGGCGGGUUUCUGAAACCAUUUUGGUUUACCCUGAUCUGUGGCCUCAUUGCUGUAUUGAUAUCAUUCUUUCUAGUGAAGGAAACGAAAUCAGACCAAGAAAAUCAAAGCUCAAGUCCAUUGUUGAGGAGACAAAGUGCUGAUAACUGCUGCAAAGAUACAUUUGGACCUCUUGUCAAGUACCUGAAAUGCAUUGGAAAUUCAACUCUGACUAAAAUUUGGCUGGCGAUCGUAGUGUUCCAAGCAUAUGCUUUUGUCCAUAUUGGUCAGAUUAAUACAAUGGUCUUGUAUUUGAGUCAGCAACAUUUUCUGUUUGGUUCAGAAAAUCCAGUCACAGGAGAAGGUCCUCUGGCAAAGAUUGGUCUCUUUCUUGCUGUCAUUAUGGCUGUUGCUGCUUUAGCCACAGGUCUUUGCACACCAAUAUUUCAAAAGUUCCUGUCGGAUAACAGCAUCGUAUUUCUUGGAUUUGCUUCAAAGGCUCUUGGUACAUUGUGGAUAGCUGUGAUCAGGAAUGAAACGCUUUUAUAUUUUGCAAUUCUUCUCCUGGCCUUCGAGCUCUUGCCAUUCCCAAUUCUCAGAGCCAAAGUGGCAAAACAUGUGAGACCUUCUGAGCAAGGCACAGUGUUUGCUAUGAUGCACUGCGGUGAGAGUAUCACAUACUUCCUUGCUCCGUUCACAUUUUCUGGAAUUUAUGCAUCCACUAUGUCCUUCUACAGUGGCUUUGUACUGAUUGUUUCGAUGCUGAUACUGAUCCUACCUGUUGUAUUCUUAUUUGUCCUGAAGUUUGUGGAAAGGAGGUGUCCCGAGGAGUACCAACAAAUGGAAGAUGAGGCUGCUCCCGUGGAGCCAGUUGUGACCCCAGUCCUUACCAGUAACACCAGUCAAGAGGCACAGCAGAGUCAGUCUAUGCUGCCAGAAGAACCAAUAAGUUUUAUCCAGCUUUCCUCUAAUGGAGCAAAUAUUGAGGUCUAGAUUCAUUGCUAAGCGAUGGUCUGAACGCAUAUAUUCUUUUGUCUCCUUUGCUGUUAUCAGGUCAGCUCAAGAUGCUGCGCUUGUCUUGACAAGAAUGCGUUGUUGCCAGGUGAUGCUGGCCUUGUAAUAAAUCGUGAAGGGCAUAAGUUUUUUUGUGUGUGGAAAAGUUGCUUUUAUUUUUGUAUUUAUGGAGGUUACAUGCAUUAUUAGACACAAUGUAGAUACUUUAAAAGUUGAGGAAUAAUGCAACAAGUUUGGGUUCCACGCAUCUGAGGCGAAUUGGAAAGUUUCUAUCCAGGUGUCCCAUUGGUCUUGGCUCAGGUUUUACAAAAAAAUGAAGUCCAUGUUUGGGAGAUCAAUGCUGAGCCUACAGUGUAGUGAAAAAAAUAAUGAAACUAAAGAUAAGCCACUUUUAUUUACGGUUUAUCAAAAUAUUAAUUCAACCAAGACACAGGCCCUAAGGAAUUUUAUGAACUAAAGAAACUUGUAAGUUUUGCUUUUGAAUAUUAUUUAUUCAUAAUAUCUUUUUUGUACACUGUGAAGAAAAACAAAACAAAACAACCUGGGUGAGACUGCCAUUUUGAUUCAAGAUAAACCCAUUUUUUAUUGCUGAAUGGCCAUUACUAAUUAUUUCAUAAAAUCAACCGAAAUGCGUGUAAUAGCCAAACAGGAGUAAAAAGGAAAUGGAAGAUUGACCAAACUUCACACUCAAGAGUUCAUUACUAUGAAUUGCUCAGUAAGCUCUUUUUUAUUGUGUGUAUCUGACAGGAUGUGGACGUUCAGCUUGUAAUGUAGGUCACCUGGUGGUCUCAGUUGGGCUAAAAUGUUACAGUUUUCUAGGGAAGGGUUUGGUUUAUAUGUUUUGGGGAUCUUUAUUUCUGUUAAACACUUUUUUGUAUUUGGCUUAGUAAUGGGCAGGUGUUAAUUGAUACUUUUAUGUUCAGAUCAGCUGUAGUUGUAUUUAUAAAUAUUGUUAUCUUUCCAUAAGUACUUACAUGUUCCUUCAGAUGCCUCAGUGUUUGUUUCAUAAGUUUGCAUGGAUCAGCUGAGACAAAGUGCACAAUAACAUUUAUCUCUUGCCAAAUCGAGCGUUUUAUGUUUAUAUGUCCUUCAGGAAAAUUCUUUACUUGGUACAGCAAAAAGUAUUGCACUCAUUUUGUGAAUUGUUGGUUUACGCAAAAGAAAAUCUCUGUGAUUAACAUCUAUUGUUCUUUGAAUAAGACACUUUCUGCGGCUUCUUUUGUUUUGCAUUUUUUGCUUUUUUCCGUUGAGAUUAAAAUUUUUUUUGACGAGUUAGUGAAAUAGAUUUCAUCAGGUGUGAUUUUUUUUUGAUUUCAUACUCCUCCUCUCCUCUUUUCAAUUUUCUGCGAAAUCAUUCCAUACCUUCUUACAUUGUAAAAAUCUCCCGAUUUUGUUGAUGGGUUGUCUUUUAAAAAUUAUUUUUAAUAAGAUUGAAAUAUCUAGAGGCAUAAUAGACUCCUGUGAUGACUUCUAGGAUUUUUUAAGUCCUCAUAAUUGUUCAUGCUGAAGAUCUGUUAAUAAUUUUGCUUACAAAAAGUGACCUAGGUGCUUCUAUUUUUAUGCCACCAUUUUAUUUGGCCUCUUUCUACUUUUAAUCUCUUUUACCUUUAGGUUCUUUCCCCAGUCCCCCCCCCCCCCCCCCCCCACCUUAUGACUUUUUUUUUGGUUUUGUAUUUGUUGCUGCCUCAAAACUGCCCAUUUGACCCUUGCCUACAAGUUUACAAGUUCAGUCUUGAUCUGUGUUCAGCUUUCACCAUGCAAUAAGCUCAAAACACAGACAUGGUUUUUGUAUCGGUUUAUUAUGCUCUGAUAUUUAAAGGGAUGUUCCUCCUGUGUUCUUUUCCUAUAUCUAUGUGUUAAUCUCUCCAUGAAUUUUGUGUAUCUGUCUAUCUAUCUACUGGCCUCCCCAUUGAAAUUUACCGUACAUGUUGUUUUUUCUUCAGCAUUGCAUGAAAGCCAUUUUUUUUUUUUGGACUUUAAAUUAUGGAUCAAUUACUGAACUGUGUUCUAAUAUUCAACCUAAACGUGUCCCCAUCUGUCUAUAUUGGUCUUACACAGUGUGUUCAAAUAAUUUGAGGUGGGUUAUGUAGUUUACUCUCUGUCUUCACACUAUGCACAACAGUAUUAAAACAUACCCAUUUGAGUGAUAAAUAGUAUCUCUUCAUGUUUUCUGUUUUAUUAUUAUAAAAGACUUCUUUUUUUUCAAAUUUGGGUCCUUUGGGUAUAUUUUUUUAGGUUACCGAUUCUUUUUGUUGAGAAGCUGCUUGGAUAGGUUUUGUUUACAAGUAUUACUUCAGUUGAUAUUCUUUAUUUAUUAAGUAGUAUAAAACUAAGCAGGAAAGACUGCUCUUUUUGGAAAAAUGCGGUGAAUUCUGCAAGUACUGUAAUCUAUGAGACCUCCAGAUUUUCUUUGGUUUAGGACUAUCUAUGUUUUCAGUUUACAGAGAUUGCUCAAACAGCGAUGAUUGUUGACAGUGUAGAGUUGGGAAAUUCAGUUACUGCAAUUUGAGCUGCAGGCUGUAUGCAUUGUGCUUUGUCUUCAACAUUGUCAGCUUGGUUAAGAUGCUGAACAGUUACACAGAACAGAUGAAAGAGUAGAUCAGCACACUGUAUUGCACACAGACACAGUAUUGUACUGUACACUAGGCUAGAGAUGUGAGAAAGCCCAGUGCCAUUGGCAUCAUGAGACACACGACAUGGUGUCAGAAGCUCAUGUUUAGGGCCUAUGUGAACUAGCUGAGCAGGAACAGUACUGAAGACCAUGACCAAUCGGAGGUCAUGCAACAGACUUACAUUUGCUACUCUUGUGUCACUAGGCUUUUAAUACUCAGUGCUUAGGCCUAUUGAUGUAUGUAUGAUAAAUGUAGGCAAACAGUACUCAGGUGAUGCUUCUCUCUGACCUGCAAUAGACACUUGUACAUUCUUGUGUCUCUUUUUUUUUUCUUUUUCAUUAUUAUGAAGCAUGUAAUACCACAUGAUUUGCAUUUUUUUAAGGGUUGCUAGUGAAGAUCUUGUCAAUUGUUUAAACCCAGACAAUCAAUUAUAUAUCUUUUUUUACAGUGUGUGUGAAUGAGGCUCUUGGAGUGUAUUGUAUUUUUAUUGUUGACUGUAUCACCCUAUUUUAUCCAGAAAUUUUUGCUUGCAUUUCACAAUUUUCCUGUCACUAUUCAGGAAAAAAAAUAAAUUCCUCAACAGUGUUUUGUUUUCUCCCGGGACAGUGUCAGGUGUUGUGUCGCUGCAUCUGCGAUAUAUUUGGUCUUAAAUGUAUAUUAAGAAUGUAAAGCAUAACUUGGGAUAUCAUUUCCAUUAAACGUUUAUGACAAUGAUAUGUUCAUUAAGACUACUUAAAACUAUUGUAGGAUCAAAUAGAAAUUGAGGAACUUUUCCUCAGAGACAAGGGCAAAACGCCUGAUAUCUGUGUCAGAGAGUGCUAAGCGUCACCUCCCAGAUUUUCAUUUUAUGUUUAUUUUGUCUUGAAAUGUUCAUGUUUGUUAACACAGGUCUGUGGAGUUGCAUAUUUAUGUAUUCAGUCAGAGACAGUGCUUACUAUUUACCUGACUUUUUCUGUUUUCCUGUACCCCCCCAAGGACCUUCUGGAGGCGCUAUGUUCUUAAAGAUAAAAGUUUUGAAACAGCUGAGCACAGGAAAUUUUCAUAUUAGCCUCUAUUUUUUUUUUAUUGUAGCCCUGGGUUGUUGCUUGAGAUGUCAUUCCACUCCUUUGUAGAUAUUGUACUGUUUUUGUUGUUCAAACCAUGUAUUUUGAAAACUUUAGAAGAAGAUUACAGUAAAGUGUUCUAAUUUCUAAUAUUUCAACUCCAUACUUGCUCCAAAUUCCAGCAUGUAUAUGGUUUUGUUAUGUACAAAACAAUGUAUGUUCUAUUGGUAGCUCGAAAUUCCUCUUUGUGUUGUUUCUAUUUGGAAAUGAUCUAGUAUCACUGUUAAAGGAAAUUCAGAAUGAAGACUUUUUAAUAUUGACCUAUUGGCUGAUUAUGGUGGGAACUUACUUUAUCAAUCUCUAUUGUCAGCUCGUGUAUCUGUAUUAGACAGCAUGAAUCCUGUAAAAUAUAGUUAGUUAUUUAGAUUGUAUCUGCUCAACUUUACUUCAUUUGUCACUGAGCAAAAAGAAAGGACAUUGUUUUUCAAAUACUUUUUUCUGUUAUGUUUAUUAAGUUUGUUUGUAUUUACAUACUCUGCAAAUUUGCUAGUCUUGUUUUGUCUGUGAUGUUGAAUGCCAGAUGGAGCUCUUCAAGGAAUUACUGUAAAGUAGUUUAAUUGGAAAUAGACAUCUGUGUCAAGGUAAUCAUCAAAAUGCUUACAGAAGGCGGUGAAAUGUAAAUUGUCUAAGUCUAAGAUCAUACCAAUGGCUGGAUUUAACACUUUGCCGUCACCUCUCGCUGAUUGGCGAUGUUUACCACCCAGUUUUUUUUAAAUUUUCCCCUAAAUGCCUUUGCCUUUGAUGGCAAGGGUUUUACUAUAUGAGCUUUGUGAUGGCAAAGUGUUAAGACUCUGAUAAAUGCCAAAGUGUGAAGUGGAAUUUGUCGGGGUCUUGCAUUCAGUGAUAAAUACAAUCUCAAUAUUUCUAGAUCUUUCGUUUAAACAAUAAGCUUUAACUGGUAUUUGGGUGUCCACCACAUACUGCAUUUUUGACUAUUUUGUGUUGAAGAUAAUUUCAUAAUUGAUGUGAAUUGAAGAUUGAGUUCUGGGAAUAUUUAUUUUUGUGUGAAUUUGGAACAUUAAUAAUCAUAAUUCAAGUCAGGACAAUAGGCAAUCUAAUUUUUUUAGUAGAAUAAUUAACUGAUUGAUGGGUUUUUAGUCCUGGACCUUGUUGAUUCCCCCACUCCCCCCUCCCCGGAGACUACAUAUUUCUUUCGACUAUGUGAUAUUUGUUUUAUUAUCUUACUUUGUUGUCUCCUACAAUUUCUAACAGAUUGCUCUUUGUAUCUUGGGUGUAUCUGACAAAAAGCUGCUCUGAAAAGUGUGUAUGUGUGCGCAUUUAAGAGAUGAAACAGAAUAUAUUUGUUUUGAGGCAAUCAAGGAGACUUCAUUUGUAAUCUAUUCAUUAGAAAAAUAAACUUCUUGUACUCGUGUGUCUCUUGACCUGAGGGUUGAAAUUAAAUGCUCCGUACAAGAUUUUCUUAAAUUAACUUUGUUGAACAUUACAAAAGCGAUAUUUCUUUGAUUGAUACUUGAAUGUUCCAGUUAAAUUGUACUUUCUUUGUUCUUGAUAUUUAGUUCCGGAACCAAAGAAAAUAUUUCACCUCAUUGUUGGAUAUUUUAAUAUCAUAUGCCUUCGUUUCAUCAGUAUUUGCACUUUAAUGCUCUAUGGGUUUGAAAGGCACAGAGUUAGAAAAACAUUUCCUAUUGCAAUAAACAGUUUUCAUGGCCCCACAAAAUUUAUGAACACGAAUAAACACAAUCAUUCAAACUUAUUCUUUACUCAGUGUAGUCAACCAAUCUUUUGUCAAUACUAUAUAUUUGUCCUUUUUUAAGUUAGCUCCACUUUUAAAAAUCUUGAGUCGAACAGUCAAAUUGAAUAAGAUGAUAGGACCUUUCCCCUUACCUUGAUAAGUUUUGGUGACAUUGAAAACACUGUUUUAGUGUUAAAAUUUUUCAGAUCAAUACUGUAUUUAUAUUAUGUUGAUGCACACUGCAUAUUGUAGCAUAUUUAUCAUAUAUUUAUCCCACUUUUGAAUAAUGUACUGUUUAAAUUAAGUAAUUAUUAACACCAUAUCAUCCUAUGAAACUUUUGCAUGAUACAUCUUUCAAAACUGAGUCAACCAGUGAUGUAAUAUGACCUAACCGCACCUUUGUUCUUUGAUAAGAUGUUUUGAGUUGUCAUUGAAGUCUGAAAAUUAGUGUCUGUAACUAAUUUUUGUGAGAAGAAUGCUUUGUUAGAUAGUAUACACGGGGUAUUAUUGCAUAUUUUAGAGAUUAAUAUUACCCGAAGUACUAACAUAUUAGGUCUUUGAAUUGCUUUAUAUAAUAAUGUUUAAACUGAUUUUUGCAAUUUUUGAAAAAUGAAUUAGGAAAACAGAAUUAGAGAAAAAAGGAGUUUGUGAGAAAAGUUUUGGAAAUUUUAUAAAAUAAAACAUUGAAUUAAUAUCUUUGGAGGGAUUAAGUUAAAGGAAUAAAAUCUUUGGUUGUUAUAAUAGUUGGUAGGGACUUUAAUCCUUAGCAGGUAAGCUAGAGGACUUGCCAUCCUUUAAAAUGUUGUUCGUCUGAAAUAAUACUUUUUUCUGUGUUUUUCCUUCCCAAAAGCAUUAUUUGUGUCGGUAAUCUAUUUUGCUGGUUGUGUUUCGGAUUAAAUAUUCCUUAUGGGAUGUUCAUAGAUUAGUGUUCUCUUUCAUCUCAUGUCACUGCUGUGAGUACAAUCUUAGAGAUAGUUCUUUGUAUUGCAGGACUGUUUCUUGAAGCUGUUCAUUUUUCGGUAUGUAAUGUACAGAAACUGACUGUAUUGCACUUUUAUGUCUUUGAAGUCUACAAGUAUGCUACAAGAUCAGCUGGUUUUUCUGCAGGUGUCCUUAGUUAGAAUCCUGAAAGGGACAUUCUUGAACUUACUCGCUUUGGUGUUGAGAAAUUUUCUUGAUUUUUACCUCCAGGAUAGGUUGUUUUGAAGAUGGAUGUUAAAUCAGAAGGUGUGCUUCUAAAAAUGUAAAAGUCUAAAAAGGUGUUGAACUUUUAGCAAACCAUAUAUAUUGAUUCAUGGUUUCAUAAGUAAACAUGGGAAAUGUUAAAGUCUCCUUCAGAAAUGUUUUCUAUUGGAUAUAAUAUGACUUUGGAUGCAUUUAUUUCUCGAUAUAACAAUUAUAAAGUUAACAUUAUGUAUUAUUAUUAUAUGUGAUGUGUAUAUUGAUGUCUUUGUAGAUUGGGUCAUCGUGGGGUUUUUUGCCGUGCAUAUCUCCCUUGAGCUGUCAGUGCCAAAAAAUGGCAAUUUGUUGCUGUUAACCAGAGCAUAGCAUUUAUUAUAGACUGUGAAGGUAUGGAGCCACCCAUAUAUCGCUUGGGCUGAUUUAACAUUUUCAAAACAUUUUAUACUGUCCUUGCUUUGAUUCAAGCACAUGUGGUUUCAUAAAUGUCUAAUCGCAUGUUUGACUGUGAUAGACAUACAUGCAGAGAUACAAAGAAAAAUUAGCUUAAUUGUGGAAUAAAAUACAAACCACUCAAUGAAUAGGAAGAAAUGCAAGUUUCAUCCUUUAGGGUAUUUGUAGAUUUUUCCCAUGUUCAGAAAAUUGUGACACUCUAAACAGAAAAAGAGAUGGGCUUUUUUCAGAAGUAAGCACCACUUUUGAUGUAAUGUUUUAACCAUGCAUUAAGACGCUUAUGUGGCCUGCAAAGUCAUAGACAAUAGUCAAGAAUGGCAGUUUGUUGCAGUGGCUACUGCGAAUCAUUAUGUCUUUGCCCCUUUCCCGCAACCCUGUCCAUGAUUUUGCUCACAUGUAGCAGUGAAAGAUUUUGUUAUUAUGAGAAAUAUAUUAUUCAACCAUAGUCACUCUCCUGAGAAGUUGUGCAGUUUCCUGAUUGUUUUCAGUGUCUUGAUACUAAUUGCUGAAUAUUACACAAGAAUAUUAUACUCAUGGUUGGCUACAUCUCACAGUGGUUCAUACGUAUGCAUGUAUCUACAUCUGAAUUUAGUUUCUGGAGGAAUUUUAAGUCUUGUGCAUGGCUUUUAUAGGAAAACUUUUAUCUCUGCUUAAGACAUUAUGAGUUCCUUUCAUGUUUUACUAUGCUAUAGCCUACAGUGUCGGUUUUGAAACAAAUGCUCUUAUAGCUUAUCUGGACUGCACAACUGGGUGUAUUUUUCAUAAAGUGCUUUUUGCCUGAUGUUAAAUUAAGUUUAUUUUCUGUAGUAAUAUGUGGCAUAGAACAUAUUCUCAUCUCACAUCCUUGUUUAUGUCUUUGAAUAUAAUGAUUGCAAGCAAAGAUUUUUUCUGUUGUGAGUUCAUUUCCUUCAGGUGAUUGUAUUCAUUUGAGUUGAAAGUGUAGUAUCGUGCGUAUGGGCUUGAUGAACAGAAAUACCUGUUCUGCUUAGAUGAUGAGAUGGAUAUGCUGUUGUUAAUGCUGUUAUACGAUUAUGAGGUAGAAGUAGUAGUGCAAAUUGUAUUUUCUUCCAGUAUUAAGCUGAGAUGAAACUUGUAUAAUGCAGAGUAAAUAAGUCAGUUGUUCCAGUUUCUGUUUUGCACCAUUAUCCCAAUGAAGCAUGGAUAAUUAAAAGAAAUUUUUAUCAGUGAAACAACAUAUUGCAUUUAUAAAGUCCUUGACUUGAUACAAGUAAAAUAUAGUUAACGUACUAGAUUGUCUGAUGUAAAAUGUGGUACCGUUCCACACAAAAAAUGUGGGAAAAACUGAGUGUCAAUGAAAUCAGUCAUAAGUUAUUAAUGUCUCUUGCAUUUUACAGGUCUAAUUUUUUUAUGUGGUUAGUUUAGUGGAGGUAAGUCACUCUAAUUAUAAAGACAUAGUUCCUUCAUUCUCAUUUUUAUCUUCAAAUUAUCAACUGCAGUCACUGGUCAUUAGUCACUACUUGUAUUGAUUGAUGAAAGUUUACUAUUCAUCUGCUGUUUUAAUUUGUAGUUUUUCAGUGUUACAGCUUUGCAUGAGCAGUGUUGUGAAAUGGGCUUUACUUCAUCGUCAUGAGCACAUAUCAAAUGGUCAGAGAAUUAAUGAUUUCGAGACAGAUGUUUUGAAUAUAUAGCUUUUAUUUAUAUAAGAGAACUGGACUGAAUUUUAGGAGCUGACUAUGUUAUUCAUGAUUGCGCCAUGGGAGCUAAGUUGAGAUGUUUCAACAAUAUUGAGUUGGAUAGGAAAGUAUAUUGUAAGCAAUAUUGAGUUGGAUAGGAAAGUAUAUUGUAAGCAGAGAAGGACAUUCAGAGAAGACUCAUGUGGGAGAGUCAAGUGCUACAGGUAGUACCGGGUGCCCAUUAUGGAUGGGAUCGGGUCGGGUUGGGUUGAUCACCCGACUUGUCGUCUAAAAACAAAAGCGUUAGUUUGUCAGGAGAUGAGUCAGGCGUGUUGGGCUUGUGCCACGGUAGCAGCUUUGCGUCCUCAAUCUGGCUAGCAAAUUGACCCGAUGUGACCCCCCAAUGGGCACCCCCACAUAAGACUUUUUGUAAGAUUUUUUUGGCAUUGUGGUACAUCCGUCCCUCUCUCAUUUUGCAUUCUCUUAGUUCUUUACUACACUAUAUUACUCUUUUUGUGUCCUUCUGGUUCUAAUAAUUUGAGUUAUUGUAAAAAUAAUAAGCAUUAUGACCAUCAUAUUGAUUGCGUUUCUUUUCAAGUCUAAGGUGUGACUUAUUUUGUUGGGUUUUUUUUGUCUUUUUUUGUUUUGAAUCUCUCCAGCUCCCAUUUCUAUUAUUAAACCUUUUAGUCUCAUUUUCUUUUCCUUGGUCUUGAUCAGCAAAACUGCAUUACCUGUACUUGUAUUUUUGAUGAGGUAAGAUGUACUGGUAUCUGUGGUGUAGUGGUUCGGGGCUUUGUCAUUGAAUGCAGAGUGACCCAUGUUCAAUUCCUGUAUGGGGAGAAUUUUCCUUGUUUAUCUUGGUCUGUCUUCUCUCUGUUGUAUCCCUCUCAGCUCAGGUUGGCCCUGAUGGGCAGGAUCAAAGCCCGCCUCCUAAAUAACCUGAAUUGUGUCAAUGGAGGAGUAAGAAAACCACUUUCAAUAGAAUUUUGUUUGUUUUUUUAUGUAUGUGAGAUGAAAUAUGACCCAAUAGUGCUAACCUUUUUUCCUCUGCAAGAGCCCUCAGCAAUAUGUUAUUGUAUUUGGCUGUGGAAAAUUUCAUGAUGUAUACAUCCUCUUUUAUUUAUAAUAUAUAUAAGUAGGAGUAACAAUAACGACUGUAAACACUGAUUUUGUAUGGCUUGAUGUCGAAGCUUCUUGGAAACAGCAAACAUGGUAACAUUCCAUUUAAUUUUAAUAUUUGGUAUAUGUAUUUCAUUCGUGGAUGGGGUUUUUGUGUAAAGCAAUUUCUCUGGACGUAGAUGUUUUUGAAGCAAACCUGGUUUUUGCCAUUUUUAAGAACAAUUUAUUCUGUGUGUAUUCCUUCUCUCAGCAUAGGUCUAUAUACUGGUUUUGUUGGGGUUUUUUUUUUAGAUAGUAAUCUAAAUCGAAAUAUAAUAUGCAGUAAACAGAAAACUAUUUGUCAUUGACCAGAAAGUUUUAAAUUUUACAUCAAUGGUAACGAAACUCCAUCACUUCUCUUUUUCCGGAUUGAGUCAUUCUCAGUCCUCAUACUUUUACUUUUUUUGUGUGGAAAAACAAAUGUUUCUUGUCAAAGAUAUCUCCAGGGAUAAGUUCUUCUAAUUUGUUGUAAAAAUUGCGCUACAAUUGUCCUACGCAUGAACAUCUUUAAGAUAUAGGCUAUAUCUCGUCUCAUCUCAAUUUAUUAUUAAUUUUGUCUUUUUCCCCCCAAUUGGGACUCGGAAUACAAUGCUAAUAAUUCUUUGAACAUUUUUUGCAAGGUUUGAUAGAUUUGUUUAGUGAUCUGAACUUUUUUCUCUUUCCUCUGUUGCCUCAUCUUAUGUUCUGGGUAUUUAAGUUUGUAGUGAUAUUUAAUAAUAAUAAUUUAUCUGUAAAAUUUGUUAACAUUGUGUUGUUUUUGCGCUCACCUAAUUACACAGGUGCGUUGACCUGGACUUGGUCUCCUUUGUUCUUUCAGAGCUUCUUUCGUGAUAUAAAGACGAAAUUUAUCUUUUUUUUCAUCAUUUCAUUUGCUGUGACUGACAAGGUUGUGAACAUUAUUUGCUUUUUAAAGUCUUUUGGGUCUGCGUACCAGUAACAUUGUGUAUUGUUCAAUAUAUUUUCAAAGACUGCAUUUAUUUAAAUAUUUUCAAGGACUGUGUUAUUGAGAUUUACAUAGUGUGUACUUGGUUAGAUUCCUAUCAGGUAAAUUUAUACACUGAAAAGUUUGUUGUAACGAUGAAAACAUUUUGUGGUCAACGUUUUGGGUGAGAUCUUUGUUUUUCUCGUGUCUUUUAUGUGCAGGUUGAUUUAAGAAUGUUGGAAAGAGCUCAGCUUAGUUUGUGCUGGGAAUUUAUAGGGGGGUGUUAUUUAUUUUGGGGUGGGAGGAAGGAAUGAGGUUGACAGAGACAUUGAAAUGGUUAAAUUUGAUGAGGCUUCGUGCUUCUCAUAGUAUUCCACAAAGUUUCAAAAACUUUCUCAUAUCAGCUUUGCUAUGAAAUGAAAAUUCUUGUUCCAAGGGAGGAUACUGGUGAAUAUAAUUUUGUCAUCAUAAAAAACAUGACUUUGCAUCCGGUAUGAACUGAAGGUCAGUGCACAGAUAAUCCAGCCAGUAAAAGAAAUUUUAAAAAGAGAAAGGUUAAUUUUCAUUUUAUGUUCUUACCUUUCCUGUUGUUGUUUUUUUCUUGACAACAAUAUUUUAUCUGCACAUUAACUGCUUGUGUGCAUAUAUGCUAUGAGCAUUGAUCAUAAAUGGGUUUGCAUAGAGAUAUUAGGCAUACAUAUAUAUAUGUCAAUUCUGUAUUUGUGAUUUUAGUCAAAUUGGGUGUCAUUCACUGGGCAAAGUACUUACAUUUAAUCCCUUGGCUUUAUGUAUUUGUCUUGGUUAUAAUUCAUAUGAAGUGUUUUCUUGGGAUUCAAGUUUUCAGAAUCAAAAUAUUCUUUUGCAGAUUUAUAACUGCUGUCUUUUUUCAAUAAUUCAGUCCAUUUGAGAAGGUAGAAAUGACAAAGAUGUUAACCCUAUCUGUACGUCGUGUUUAACUAUCGUAUCCAUAUGACGUGGAGAACUCUGUGCCACCACUUUCUAAAGAGGAAAUUUACUCGUUAAUCCGAGCCGUGCGCUUUGCUUAGCAUUCUAUCAAGAUGAUUUUUUGAGAAAUAUUGAAAGUUUCAAAGAGAUCUGCGUACUACAAAUAUUCUAAAAUGUGAAGAAUACAACCCCGGGGGUACAGAAUGACCCCAGAGCGUAUGGAUAGGGUUAAAUAUGUAAAUGUUUUCAUUUACAUAUAUUCAAGUGUUUUGAAUAGCAGUUGUGAACUUUUGUCUUUUCCAUUAUAAAUAUAAAGGGAUGAGGGAGAUACUUUUUGUUGUAUUCUUUUAGUUGACAAUUUGAACAAGUUUGGCAGUAGGGGAAGAGUAGACCCUAAUAAAAGCACUUAGAUGUUAUUAAUCCAGGUAUUAUAAUGUUUUGAAGGGAUGUUUUUUUAAAACGCAUCUCGUGUGGAUGAUAAGGAAGAAUACUAACCACUUGUAAAGAAAAUGAUAUUCACAUAUGUCAAAAAAACAAGUAGGCUAUCUAUUCAAUGUGCAGGACUGCGCAGUCUUAAUUAAUAUUGAAAUCUUUUUUUAACUUUAUGAAAGAUUUGAAUUAUUAUGGAUCUUAACUGUUUUCGUUGGGUCUUGACCUCACGACUUCGAGGGUCAUUAGAUAGUGAUGGUAAUUUGUAGUCAUAAUAUAAAAGUAAAGUAGAGG